GAAAUUUAAAAGAGAGAAAACGAUUUCCUUUCCGCUCUAAAGUAAAGAGUAAUCUUGCAUAGAAUAUAUUACGAUGAGAAUAGACUGAAACUUCAUUUUAACUUACAUUGUUCGGAAAUCUACUUUCAUCAAAGCUGACGAAAGUUUUGGACUCGAAAUGAAGAUUCCGAUUCGACACAGUUUCAUCGGACUAAUACUGUUGAUGAAGGCUUGUUUAUUGAUUAAAGGAGAAAAAUGCAGGAUUGCAAUGAUUUGCGACGGGAAACCUACUUGGAAAGAUAUUACUAAGGAAGGACAGUGCACAAAAGAAGAAGAAAAGGCUUUGGAAGCUUUAACGGAACAUGUAGACGAGACGAAGAGUAUGCUCUAUCAAUUACAAAAGAGGCUUGAAGAUUUAAAUACGAACUCAGGGCAGCCCUUCAUUGUUGGUGUCAACGACACGACCACUACCCAGGGAUACACAGACAAGAAUACUUCUUUGGUCCGUACUUCAACCGUUCCUGCUACAUCUCCGUGGUCAACUAAGGAAGCCUUUCUAUCUACGCUGCGCCCACAAACUACAAAAGUCGAACAGAGAACAGAAUGUGGCGUUGUCUAUAAUUCCAGUUGUAUUCGAGCGAUCGUUUAUGAUGUGAAGAACGUCACAUUCAGCGUCGCUGAAUCUAUUUGCGAAAACAAACUGGCUAACAUUUAUGACGUCACACACUACAACCUGGUUCGAGAUUAUUUGCGUUCAAUGAUUCCCGAUGGAUUGUCAGGGUUUCAUAUUCAUACGGGAAUGACUUACAACCACUCGAACGGUCAGCUGUAUUCAACGACGGGCCAAGUUAUGUCUCUUCCAACUGAGUUUUGGUCUCCCGAUACUCCGUAUUCCUAUGCACCGUACACAGGUGUUGGUAUUGUUGUCAAUCGAAACCCGAAAGACGAAAGUCAAGGGAUUUUUAAUUAUCCUUCCUGGGGCCUAUAUCACGGAGUCAUCUGUGAAAAUGAAUCAUAACUCUGUCAAUUGAAUGACCCAUAAACAAAAACUGUAAAUUUACCCCUGAGUUGAGAGUAAUUGUAAUCAUGCAGCUUAAAUAAAAUUCUAUAUUACAAUCACCCCGGUUGCAUCUUCGUACGCGAUAAAU